UCUCACCGGUGUUUGGACCGGUCGGAAGGUGCAAGACGUGUACAGGCUGGCACUCCUCGCCCGAAACCUGUACUGUUAGAACUUAGCUGUGGUGGACGCUUGUAUUUCUCUGUUGAGAAGUAUGAAGUACAGUUUGUUCCUGAAAGUUUUGUUGGAAAACGUUGUGGCAUUUGACUAUGAUAGAUUUUCGGCUUUCUCGUUAUGUUGAUUCACAAUGACAUCCUUUCAAGAAGUCCCAUUGCAGACUUCCAACUUUGCCCAUGUCAUCUUUCAAAAUGUGGCUAAAAGUUACCUUCCUAAUGCACACUUGGAGUGUCAUUAUACCUUAACUCCAUAUAUUCAUCCUCAUUCCAAAGAUUGGGUUGGUAUAUUCAAGGUUGGAUGGAGUACUGCUCGUGACUAUUACACAUUUUUAUGGUCUCCUAUGCCUGAACAGUAUGUGGAAGGAUCAACAGUCAACUGUGUACUAGCAUUUCAAGGAUAUUACCUUCCAAAUGAUGAUGGAGAAUUUUAUCAGUUCUGUUACGUCACCCAUAAGGGUGAAAUUCGUGGAGCCAGUACUCCUUUCCAGUUUCGAGCUGCUUCUCCAGUUGAAGAGCUGCUCACUAUGGAAGAUGAAGGAAAUUCCGAUAUGUUGGUGGUGACCACAAAAGCUGGCCUUCUUGAGCUGAAAAUUGAAAAGACCCUGAAAGAAAAAGAAGAAUUGUUAAAGUUGGUUUCUGUUCUUGAAAAAGAAACAGCACAGCUGAGAGAACAAGUUGGAAGAAUGGAGAGAGAACUCAGCCAUGAGAAAAGCCGGUGUGAGCAAUUGCAGGCAGAGCAGAAGGGCCUUCUUGAAGUAUCCCAGAGUUUGAGAGUGGAAAAUGAAGAGUUUAUGAAGAGAUACAGUGACGCUACAUCUAAAGCUCAUCAGCUUGAAGAAGACAUUGUAUCAGUGACACAUAAAGCAGUUGAGAAAGAAACUGAGCUAGACAGUUUGAAGGAUAAACUCAGGAAAGCACAGCAAGAAAAAGAACAACUUGAAUGUCAGCUGAAGACAGAAAAGGAUGAGAAGGAGCUUUAUAAGGUACAUUUGAAGAACACAGAAAUAGAAAAUACCAAGCUUGUGUCAGAGAUACAGACUUUAAAGAAUGUAGAUGGAAACAAAGAAAGCAUGAUUACUCAUUUCAAAGAAGAGAUUGGCAAACUGCAGUCUUGCUUGGCUGACAAGGAAAAUUUGCACAGAGCUCUCCUGCUUACAACCUCAAAUAAAGAAGAUACAUUACUUUUAAAGGAACAACUUCGCAAAGCGGAGGAACAAGUCCAGGCAACACGACAAGAACUUAUCUUUCUGGCUAAAGAGCUCAGUGAUGCAGUGAAUGUGCGAGAUAAAACAAUGGCAGAUCUACAUACCGCACGCUUGGAAAAUGAGAGAGUGAAGAAGCAGCUGGCAGACACGCUGGCAGAGCUCCAGUUACAUGCUGUAAAGACAGAUCAGGAAAAGACUGAUACACUGGAACAUGAACUGAGAAGAGAAGUUGAAGAUCUGAAACUCCGGCUUCAGAUGGCUGCAGAUCAUUACAAAGAAAAGUUUAAGGAAUGCCAGAGGCUCCAAAAACAAAUAAACAAACUUUCAGACCAGUCAGCCAGUUCUAACGGUGUCUUCACAAAGAGAAUGGGGAGUCAGCAGAAAGUGAAUGAUGCUUCAAUAAACACAGACCCAGCUGCUUCUGCUUCUGCCGUGGAUGUAAAGCCAGCAGCAUCUUGUGCAGCAGAGACAGAUUUUGACAUGUCAGCAAAGGAUCAUGUCUGUGAAGUGACUAAAGAAAUGGCUGAGAAAGUAGAGAAGUAUAAUAAGUGUAAACAACUCUUGCAGGAUGAGAAAGCCAAAUGCAAUAAAUAUGCUGAUGAACUUGCGCAAAUGGAGCUGAAGUGGAAAGAGCAAGUGAGAAUUGCUGAGAAUGUAAAACUCGAACUCGCUGAGCUAGAGGACAGUUACAGUCUACAGUUGGCAGAGAAAGACAAAGAAAUAAAUUGCCUGGCUUCAUUUUUGGAAAAUCUCUCAAGGGAGAAGGAACUUACAAAGAGUUUAGAAGAUCAAAAAGGAAGGAAAAUGGAAGGCCAGAGCCCUCAACAAGUCUCACGGUGUCUUAACACCUGCUCUGAGCAGAGUGGGCUCCUCCCUACACUGCCGGCUGCCCAGCCAGUUCUUCAGUAUGGGAACCCUUACACCGCACACGAGACAAGAGAUGGAGCAGAUGGUGCAUUUUAUCCAGAUGAAAUCCAGAGGCCACCUGUGCGCGGCCCAUCUUGGGAAGACAACGUUGUCUGUAGCCAGCCUGCUCGAAACCUUAGCAGGCCAGAUGGUUUAGAAGACCCGGAGGAUAGCAGAGAAGAUGAGAAUGUGCCCAUUCCUCCUGAUCCAGCAAAUCAGCAUUUACGAGGUCAUGGAGCAGGCUUCUGCUUUGAUUCCAGCUUUGAUGUUCACAAGAAGUGCCCCCUCUGUGAAUUAAUGUUCCCUCCUAACUAUGAUCAGAUCAAAUUUGAAGAGCACGUUGAAAGUCACUGGAAGGUGUGCCCAAUGUGCAGCGAGCAGUUCCCACCUGACUACGACCAGCAGGGCUUUGAAAGGCAUGUCCAGACCCAUUUUGAUCAGAAUGUUCUCAACUUCGACUAGUUUUUAGUGAGAGGUAGUAAAAUUUAGCAGUUAAAAAAACAACCCAAAACUCAGAUAGAGGCUAAGGAGACUGCGGGCCUGAUGCCCUGAUUGAGAACUUUAGAGCAAGCUGUCAGUAGGGCCAGGGUACAGCUUUGACUACAAUAAAUACAGGUUUAAUCUGUUAACCUUGUCUGCUUUAAGGAAAGAGUUUCUGCAUUUCUAUCUCUACCCUCAGUUAGCAAAAGUGUAUGAAGAACACAGGAGUUAUUUUAAUGUUAAAAUUGAAAACAUAUAUGUAAUAGUUAAUUACCUAGCACAAUCAGAUUUACAAGUUCCUGUUCACCUUGGUGAUUGAGCAUGACUACUAUUAUGUAAUAAAAGCAUUGAUCAUAACA